UUAUUCCUUUCUAGCUUGUCUGACAUAAUUUGGGUCCAAAAGCCGCCCCCGCAGGCGUUAGGGCGAUGCUCACGCGUCCACCACCGAAUUGAAAUAUGGGCUGGAGAGGAAUAUUUGCUUCCGUCCAGCAACGACCCCAUGUAAACUGGGAGCUAUUAACUGCCCUGAAACUGAUAGGCGCCCAGCUCGUGUUCAGCUUGUAUAGCGAGUAUCGCCUCUCAUCCUUCCUUCUCUGUCUCUCCGUCACAACCAACAGCUAGAUGUCUCGAGGCGAAGAUGUUCAUUCUCAGACAACUACUCUACCGCUAAGAUUGCGCAGCCGUCCCGGAACGGGCUCCAACAUUCCCCUUGCGUCCAAUAGGAACCCAAAUAUCCCUCCGGGAAACAUAGAUGGCCCAGAAAUUCUGGGAGAGUUUUCUCAACCUAUCCCAAGGACAAGAACUUUGCCGUCUCAACACCGCGCCCCUAGUGACUUCAAUAACGGGAGCGCUUUACGCCGACCGACCGAGCCGCCCCGUGCAGCAGCUUCAGUAUCCACCGGUCGUGAUAGUGAUGAUGAUGUCCCGUUGGCAGUUGCGAUCCCAAGAGCCUUAAAAGCCCAAAAGUCUAUUCGGUCGAUGGAUCGGAAGUCUUCGCCCCGGAAUCCGUCUCCCAAUCCCCCUAGACUCCCUGUCUCUCGACCUUCUACAUCUUCAAGAGCGGCACCGGCAUCUGCGUCUAGAUCGAGGGCACCUUCGCGCCCGGAUACAGGCAGCGUGUCGUCCUCGAGUGCUCCAGCUCCCGAUGAUCUUAGCAGACGCCUGUUGGAACUUCAGAUCUCUAUUAAUGGCGCCAGCCCCUCAGGUGUGCACCGUGCAAGGACGCCCUUCCCUACUCGAUCCCGAGAUCCUGGCUCGCAAAGUCAUGAAAUGAUGGUGCCGAAUGCUGGACUUCCAACCUCAACUCCUGAUAUCCACUCGCCCAUGGACAAUGAAAGCAUUGAUUCCCCAAUGCCUCGACCCCCCAAGCCAUCAGCCAAGCCUCGGCCCGCGAAUUUAUCAGACAAACAUGUACCUCAAUCAUCUGUCCCAUCCCGUUCACGGCGCCCGUCGAUCACGGAGAUAUCUUCCCCACCCACCAACGAUACGCAGGGGUCUGGUAAUCCCCCUUUACGGACUCGUUCAAGGACACUUGACUCUAAGGGUCGUAGGCCCAUCGUUCCUUCACCGCCCUCACCACUCCCUCUUCCUCCUAGAGAAUCUAACUCGGGCACCAAGGACAGGCCAGUGUCGUGGAUCAAUUUCUUUGACCUCGGAGCUACGCCCGUUAAUCUUCUAUCUGGAACAUCCAGCCUAACACCAGAAGAAUCUUCACGCAAAACUAGCAACACGCCGAUAUCUCCCACAGUGGCACGGCCCGCCGCUCAGCACUCAUUUCCACCUGAAAACAGCGAUGGUCCAUCCACAUCUUCGCCUCACCUAGAUUGGCGGAUGCCCGUCAAACUCUCCGCCGCGACAGCCGCCUAUCAGGAAGAAGCCCUCGCCGCUGCAGACGUCGCCCAAGAACAAAAAAUAUUCGUGGAGACACAGCAGAAAUUCUGUGUGGUGAGAAUAGGCGUGGGGAUGAGAGCUAGGGAUGUUCUCGAAGCUGUUGCGACAAAGGGAAUGUUGCAUCACCCAGACACGGGCGAUCAGAGAACCGGAGGGUGGAUGCUGUUCGAGGUGGUGGGUGAUCUAGGCCUCGAGAGACCUUUGCGAGAGUAUGAGCUGGUUGCGGAAAUAUUCGGUACUUGGGACAGGCAUCAAUCGACAAAUUAUUUUAUCGUCAAGCGGUCAAACUUACGCAGCGUUCUGUCACUUAAGAACAUGCCAUCUUCACCCCCCAUUAACCAAGGCGUUGUGCAAUGGAGAUCGAGGAAGGGAAAGUGGUCUAAGCGAAGCUUACGACUGUGCGAACAUUCGUUACUCAUUUCAAAGAAAGAUAGUGGUAAAGAUGAGGAGUUGCUUUGCUCUCUCGGAAACUUCGAUGCAUACACUAUGUCAAGAGACUACCGCUCUCCGAAGCCAUAUGUCUUUGCACUCCGGUCGACAGACAGUCCAAGGAUAUUCGAAGACCUGAACGAUUCGGUCCAUAUCUUUUCUUGCGAAAAGGGUGAUGGGGAGCACUGGGUGCAGACAGUUAUGUUAGCCCGAUCAUACGUCCUUCGACAGGAGCGGUCUGUCCUUUUCCCGGGGCAAUCGCAGAUUCUUCAUCCGACACGCUCCCAUACCCUUCAUCCUACUACCAACCUGCACAACUCGAUGCCGCCCACGCAUGCCACCCCUCGUGGCCUUGGACGAUCUUCUACCUCAGUGAGAUCGCACACUUCAACUAACUCAGCUCGCCUUCCUUCACGAAAACCAACCGUCCCAUCAGCGCCUCUCAUUGACCUUAAUAAAAAUAUGUUUGCUGAAGGUUCAUUACUAGCGAUGGCAUCACUUGCUAGCGGACCAUCAUGAUCCCGUUGUUUCUCAAUUCUGUACUUCACGAUCUCUGUGUUGUAAAAUUGAUGCUGCUUAGUUUCGGAUAUGCAGUAUCUCAUUGCACCAGACCGAUGAUUGUAAUUCUUGCUAACAUCUCAUCUCAUCGUCGCUUUAUAUGUUCUUCCAUCGUUCUCAAAUAUGUAACUAGGAGGCUCAAGAAAUUUACUGAUCACAGUUUGGGGUAUGCCUCAGUGCAC